GUAGAGGUACAAGACGGCAUAUAAGCCAUAUUAUGAGGACGGGGCAGCUGUACCUAUUUCAUUCCAUGUCUAAAUUUGUUCAUCUCCAUUGAGUUUUACUUACUUCUACUUAUAUUUUCACUAACUGUUUUAUUGAUAUUUAAAUUAUCUACUGUUAGAAUUUAUAGACCUUGGGACGCGAUAAUAUUGGACGCCAGAAUGUUGGAUGUAGUCUGCGCAUCUGUUGCGAGGCGCUCGUCAAAUGUUUGCAUACACAGGGCAGACAAUUGAUAUGUUACAUUGACUGGUGGCAUUUGACAUUUUGUUCUACAAAUUCAUCUGUUCUGUGUCAGCCAUUAUUGAAGUAUUUGGCUGGUGAUUCAAGCAAGAGGCGAAGAGACACGCGGUUCGUGCAUCUGGAUUAUCAAAUUCUUCUAAAAAGUAGCUGAUAUAUUGACUUGAAAUUGGUAAUUAACAUGUCGAAUAACACAGCUCCAGAUAGUUGGGAAUCUCAAGCCGACUCUACGUCAACAAAUAAUUCUCCUGAACAUAAUGCAGAUGUGACAUCUCAAUUUUCCACGUUGAACGUUAAUGCUGUUGAAUUUGUGCCUUCAUUUUCAUUCGGAAAAACUCCUGAUGUCGAUGAGAAGUCAUCACCAACAAAUUCACAAGGAUCAAACAAUUCACCCAAACAUGAUUCACCUUCUUUACCAAAUGGCACCGCCGCCGAAUCCUCCGCCGAGCGCGUCGAGCCGAAAGAACCGCCGCCCGUGCCGCCCGCGGACGGGGACGCGGCCUCCCCCGGAGGAGGCGGGGGAGGCGGGCGCACGUGGGAGGACGCCGCCGACGACGACAGCAGCAGCGCGUCGGCCGCCUCCGCUUCCGUCCCGCCCGUCGCCACGACGCCUGAGGGGGACGACGAUGACGACGACGAGCCCUCCUCCGAGGAGGCCCCCAUCAAAAUCAAAAAGAAAGUCCCGCUGACAGAGAAAGUCGUGGAGGAAAAGAAGGAGCACGUCAAUGUGGUGUUCAUCGGUCACGUGGACGCUGGGAAGAGCACCAUCGGCGGGCAGAUAAUGGCGCUCACCGGCAUGGUGGACAAGCGGACGCUGGAGAAGUACGAGCGCGAGGCGCGAGAGAAGAGCAGAGAGAGCUGGUAUCUGAGCUGGGCCUUGGAUACCAACCAGGAAGAAAGGGACAAGGGUAAGACGGUCGAAGUGGGCCGCGCCUUCUUCGAGACGGACAAGAAGCACUUCACCAUCUUGGACGCGCCCGGCCACAAGAGCUUCGUGCCGAACAUGAUAGGGGGCGCCGCGCAAGCUGAUCUCGCCGUGCUGGUCAUCUCGGCCAGGAAAGGGGAGUUCGAGACUGGGUUCGAUAGGGGCGGGCAAACGCGCGAGCACGCCAUGUUGGCGAAGACGGCGGGGGUGAAGUAUUUGGUGGUGUUGGUGAACAAGAUGGACGAUCCGACGGUGAAUUGGGACGAGGCUAGAUACAACGAAUGUAAAGAAAAAAUCCUACCGUAUUUAAAAAAAUUAGGCUUCAUUUAUAACAAAGAUCUGUACUUCCUGCCGUGUUCGGGUCAGACGGGCCAAGGACUGAAAGACCAACUGGAGGAGAAACUUUGCCCUUGGUACAGAGGGCAGGCGUUCAUCCCUUUCAUCGACAAUUUACCGUCGAUCAGUAGGAAAAACGACGGGCCCUUCAUAAUGCCCAUCGUGGACAAAUACAAAGACAUGGGCACAGUGCUCAUGGGCAAAGUGGAAUCGGGAGAGUGCAAAAAAGGACAAGUAAUGCUCAUUAUGCCAAAUAGGACACCUGUCACAGUCGAUAUGUUACUUUCCGAUGACGACGAGGUCAACCGAGUGGUUUCCGGAGAGAACGUCAAGAUCAAAGUGAAAGGCGUGGAAGAGGAGGACGUCAGUCCCGGUUUCGUGCUGUGCGAUUCCGUCAAUCCCAUCCACACCGGCAGGAUUUUCGAUGCGCAGCUGGUCAUCCUCGAACACAAGUCGAUCAUCUGCGCGGGAUACAGCGCGGUGAUGCACAUCCAUUGCGCGGCCGAGGAGGUCACCGUUAAAGCCUUAAUAUGUCUAGUGGAUAAAAAAACAGGGGAUAAGAGCAAAACACGUCCAAGGUUUGUGAAACAAGACCAAGUAGCUAUUAUGAGAAUUGAAUGUGCUGGAGUGAUUUGCCUAGAACCUUUCAAAUCGACACCUCAAAUGGGAAGAUUUACGCUCAGAGAUGAAAAUAGGACAAUUGCCAUUGGAAAGGUCCUCAAGCUCGUGGAAUAAGGAGGUACGAGUUGUGCUAUAGACUGUCGUAGAUCAGUUGAUAUUUUAAUUAAAAGAACAUGAACUGACAAUUUAUGAAAUUCUACAAAUGAAUUGAAAUAUUAUUAGGUGAACACCACACGUUUUUUAUAAAUUUGUAAGAUAUUAUUCAACAUUGAUUUUGAAAUGAGGUGCUGCUUUAUUUUUAUUAACAAAUUGUGGCUGACAGUGAAUUGUAAUUAAUAUAUUUAUAUCUGGUUUUUUGAUUA